AUGACGGCCCAACACCAAUCCCCCGGCGUGUUCGCCAUCACCAAGCCCAAGAUCAUGGUGGUGGUCUCUCUGUUUUUGACCUGGUGGAUCGCCUUUCUGCUCCCUCACUACUCCCCGGGCAUCCAUGCUGCUUUCAAGUCACGGCUGGAAGAGGCCCGCCAGAAGAUUCCUGCCAUCAAGGUAGACUGGCGUCCCGACCCCGAACCGCGCAGCAACUACAACACCUCCAAAAUCGCCCUGCUCGUCGAGCCUCGCCCUCUGCCGCACCUCGUCCCCCAGAUGCUGCACAUGCUCACGGUUAUCCCUCCCGACUGGAGAAUGGUCUUCAUCGGCUCCGAGAAGAGCGUUAUUAGCGUCGGCCGGAGCUUCGCCGUGAAGCACCAACAAGUCGUCGGGAAGCUCGACCUCAUGGUCCUGCCAGAACCCUGGGAGAUUGAUUCCAAGGAGAAGGUAUACCGCUUGAUGACAGACAUCCGGUUCUACGACGAGUUCCUCCCAGGCGUGGAGUGGAUUCUCAAGUAUGAAUACGAUAGCAUCCUCUGUGCCAACUCGGAGCAGAGCCUGAACGACUGGCUGCACUGGAGCUGGGCUGGAGCCCCUAGGACCCCAGAGGAUAGGUUUGCAGGAAACGGUGGGCUUUCACUACGCAAGGUGUCUGCGAUUCGCAACGUAUUGCACUUCCAGGAGCGGUACAACAAUACCGAACCCGAGGACGAGUGGUUUGGCUCGCGGUUAUGGAUCAUGAAGAACGAAAAAGUCGCAUCGGGCAACAUGGGAGUCCUUGCUGUGGAGGAUGUCUACAUAGAGAAGCCUAUGGGCUAUCACAUCCGCGACGGUGGCUCGAGGUUGAAUGACGACGUGUGGAAGGACCAUGCGCAGCGGAAGAAGAUCCUGCAGUACUGCCCCGAGCUCAGUCUGAUCAUGGACAUGAAACUGGAGCGCGAGCGUUGCGAGGGCGACAGGAAGGACGGCACCAUUGGUCUCACUCCCGAGCAGCAGGAGAAGAAGAAGCAGGAGGAGCUCAAGAAGCAAGAAGAGGCCAAGAAGAAGGAGGAAGAGGCUAGGAAGAAGUUGGAAGAAGAAAAGCAGAAACUCGAAGAGGAGAAGAAGCAGCAGGAGGCUGCAAGCACCGAUUCGGCCGCGGCAACACAGACCAGCGGCGCUGCGAAAUCGGACGAGACGACGAAGGUAUAG